AUGGAGUUCAUAUUCCUCAUAGUGAACAGAUAUUGGGAUUAUGAACAUUCUAUGAGAGACCACUGUCAAGUCGCUCUCACCUCGAGCCACGCCACUAAGCCAUACUCACCAAACCGCAACACACUGCAGCUAAUCCACGCCACACUGUACCCAGCAAAACCAACACUACAACCAAUUGUACCCAAACCACACACAUUAAAGCACACCACACUGUACCAAACCAACCACACUACUGUACCCAAACGACACCACACCGCAACCAAACCACACCACACUGUACCCAACCCACACCACACUGUACCUAAUCCACGCCAGACUGUACCAAACGACACCACACGCAAUCAAACCACACCACACUGUACCCAAACCACACCACACUGUACCCAACCCACACCACAAUCGCCCCAUCCACACCACACUGUACCCAAUCCACACCACACCGCAACCAACCCACCCCACACCAUCGCCAAGCCACAACACACACGCACCAUACCCAAGCCACGCCACGCCGCAACCACCCAACCAUAA